AUGUGGACCGAAAGCGGCGAUGAGCAGACCUACACCUGCGAGUCGGCGUAUGGUGAUGGAUUUUGCCUCGAAGACAGCGAUUCCACCACCUCGUAUACGACCACCCAGACUGUCACCACGGCGCCCUCAGGAUAUUCGGCCACCACGAUGGCAGCGGAUCUCACCACAGACUUUGGCACGACCGCGUCCAUCCCCAUCCCUACCAUCCCGACUUCCUUCUAUCCCGGCGUGACGGCGAUCAGUCCCUUGGCAUCGGCUGCCACGACGGCUUGA